AUGUCCUUCCAGCAAAACGCCUACGUGCUUGGGGUGGGUCUCACCAAGUUCAUCAAGCCUCGCCAAUUGCGCACCUAUCCUGAGCUGGGCCUAGAAGCCGGUACCAAAGCUCUCUUGGACGCCCACAUCACAUACGACGAUGUCCAGACUGGCGUGGCAUGUUAUUGCUAUGGCGAAACCACGUCUGGCCAGCGCAUCUUCUACCAGUUUGGCAUGACCAACAUCCCCGUAUACAACACCAAUAAUGCCUGCGCUACCGGAUCCACGGGCCUGCAGCUGGCACGGACGCUAGUCCGGGGGGGCAUCGUCGACGUCGUCUUGGUGAUUGGGUUUGAGACCAUGAAGCCUGGCGCCAUCAAGAGUGUGUGGGAUGAUAGACCGAGCCCCAUGGGCUUAAGCACGAAGUUGAUGGAGGAGACAAGGGGAAAGCAUGACACCCCGACAAAUGCGCAAUACUUUGCCAAUGCUGGAUUGGAAUACAUGGAGAAAUAUGGCGCCUCAGCCCGCGACUUCGCCGAAAUCGGCCGCAUCUCUCACGAGCACUCUUCGCGCAACCCUUACGCCCAGUUCAACAACGUCUACACCCUCGAGGAGAUCGAGAAGUCGCCCAUGAUCCACUACCCACUGACCAAACUCCAAUGCUCGCCCACCUCUGACGGCGCGGGGGCGGCGGUCAUCGUGUCUCAGCGCUUCCUCGAGUCUCGACCUGAACUCAAGUCCCGCGCUAUCCUGAUGGCCGGACAAUCUCUGAUGACGGAUUCUCCUAGCUUGUUCUCGCGCUCCCCAAUGGACCUCGUGGGCUUCGACAUGACUCGACGUGCGGCCAAGGCUGCCCUCGCCGAGGCAGGUGUGUCCGCCCGAGACGUCAAGGUGUGCGAAGUGCACGACUGCUUCUCCACCAACGAACUCAUUCUGCUCGAGGGUCUUGGGUUCUGCGACCAAGGCAAGGCCCACCUCAUGGUGAGGAACGGGGAUAUCACGUACGGUGGCAAGGGACCUGUUGUGAAUCCCUCUGGAGGGUUGAUCUCCAAGGGCCAUCCUCUAGGUAUGUCAGAGUUCCACACCACCUUAUGUGCCCUCAUCCAUGAAAAAAAUCCUCCCAACAACAGUCAGACAAUGUGGAUGCAUGCUAACCCAGCCGGGGACCAAAUAGGAGCCACUGGCCUCGCCCAAUGCGCCGAGCUCGCGUGGCAACUGCGCGGAUGGGCCAACAACGGCCGUCUGGUCAAGGACAUCGACGUCGCGCUGCAGCACAACCUCGGCCUCGGCGGCGCCGUCGUCGUCACCAUCUACAAGCGCGCCGACGGCCGCAAGAACACCGACGUCACGGAGACCGACGCCCAGAUCGCCCAGGAGAGCGGUGUCGGGUAUAACCCCGCCGUCGAGGCCCGGGGCAUCACCCUCGCCGACUUUGAGAAGAUCAAGAGCAAAAAGGCCCCCUCCGCGUAUGCCCUCGGCGAGACGGCCGAGAAGUUGCAGGCCAGGCUGUGA